AUGCUUCGUCCUAGGACUCUCGUCUUCGGAACCCUGGUUUUCGCGACCCUGGUAGUUUUCUGGACUGCACUACAUCUCAACUCCCUCGACACCAUACGGCAAGCCGCGGUACAAGAUCCACUCACCGCGAAUAUCCAAGAAUCGCGUCUUCACCUGCUCAUUGUAGCUACGAGUAGUGGCCUCGACUUGUGCCGCCUUCUUCUCUCCGCGUCGGUGCUCUUGUACCCACCUCCUGUUCUCAUCGACUGGGCAGGAGCGGGCGCAUUCAACGCUGCAGAAACUCACCUUGCGAAAAUCGCGGGUCCUCUUCGCUACCUCGAGAGUCUGUCCCCCGCACAAGAUACAGACAUAGUCUUACUGGUGGAUGGCUUCGAUGUUACGUUCCAGCUCGGUCCGGAUGUCUUGCUAAAGCGUUACUUCGAAGAAACGGCUGCCGCCAAUGAUCGGCUGGUCAACCGGUACGGCAAAAGCCAUGUGCGGAAACACAAGAUUUACAACAGCAUCCUUUUCGGCCCUGACAAAGUAUGCUGGCCAGAAGAUAUUCUUCGCUUAGCGUGCUGGGUCGUUCCUGACUCACCUCUUCACCCCGACGCUUUUGGCCCUUACACUGAUGGAUGGGGUGAUAUGAAUCACGCAAGACCGCGCUGGCUGAACUCAGGCACCAUCAUCGGGCCCGCUGGCGAAAUGCGCGAGAUGUUUCGUGCAACUCAAGAAAAGAUCAAGCAGACGUACAAUCCCGAAGACGUGCUGCGCAACUCCGAUCAGAAGUACUUUGCAGACGUAUGGGGUGAUCAAGAGUAUGCGCGCAUACUAUCGCAUGGAGAUAAGCCCUACGGGAUGCCCGAAGGAGUUCAAGAAAUUGACCUACCAACGCUCAAGGAAGGCGAAGUGACUGAAUAUCACAUUGGGCUGGACUAUCGAUCGAGCCUAUUCCAAACAGCUGCGGGGUAUAGGAACUACAUUGCUUGGAUGGCGACGAACCGAUCCUCGCUUCCUUCAUCAUCGAAAUCCGUGGAGCCGUACAGGAUUGAUCUACAGGAGGACGUGCUGCAGUCAAGGAAGCCAUUUGCUGCCAUAUCAGAUGAUCCGGCCUUGAAGGAAACUUCGUGGCGAGAUGUGUCUCUGGGUUUCAACACAGUUACUGGCCAGCCUUUCCCAGUGCUCCACUUCACAGGCGACAAGUCAUUUCGAGACACUUGGUGGCCCCGCAUGUGGUACUCUGGAGAGGCUGAGCGCCUUCAACGCGCGGCAUCUCAAGUAAACGACGAGAAGAUUGGGUCAGAUCCUAUCAAUGGAGUUCGGUGGACCAAGAACAUGCCGUACGACAGUAAAGUAGGCGAGCCAGAGGAGAAGUCGGGGGCUUGGAGUGACCAGGGGGAAUCGCUCUCGUGGAAGUCUCUUUGCGAGUCGCAUGAACCUGCGUUGUACACCACGCCGCCCCUGUCGUGGCGGUUUACCGAGCAGAUGGUCCAAGCCAUCAAAGAGACUAGUGUCAUCUCGGCACACCUCUUCCGGAUGUUCCGCCGUGUCAGCACGGUUUUCUGGAUGAUGCGCGGGUACAAGCAACUCUCCAACGACGCGGUCGCACGCCUACCAGGCUGGAGUCGCCGACGUUGGAUACUUUUCGCAGCAUCUUUUCUACUCGUCAUUCUCUUCAUUACUACCGUCAACAGUGACCGCCAUCUUGUUCCUACUGCUUUCUCUUCUGGCAGCAAAAACAAGGCGAAACACUCCUCUAUCCUCCACGUCCUCAUCCCUGCGGACCAUAAAGAUGUCAAUCUAUGCAAGACGAUGCUCAGCGCUGCAGUGGCUGGGUACCCUACCCCUACGCUGAUCAACUGGGGCGCCACAUUUGACGAUAAAUCGCUAGUGGCUGGAGGUUCGCAUAUUGCCAAGAUCAGUGGUGUGCUCGAAUACCUGCGUAAACUUGGACCGGAACGCGACGACGACUUGGUAUUGCUGGUGGAUGGAUACGACAUCUGGUUUCAACUGCGACCCAGCGCGUUGAUCUCGCGCUUCCACGCUAUCAACAACGCGGCGAAUGCGCGGAUACGGAAGACCAUGGGCUCGCGAGCCGCGGCUGCAGAGGGAAUAAGUCAGGACAUCGUCUUCUCCGCACAGAAGCGGUGUUGGCCCUGGAAACCAGAGGAUCCCCCUUGUUAUGCUGUGCCGCAGUCUUCGCUGCCUGGAGACAUCUACGGACCACAGACAGAUACCGAUAUCGGCUGGGACAAGAACCCAUACGUCAAGUUCCGUCAACGGUACCUCAACUCCGGAGAUGCCAUGGGCCGCGUGGGCGCGAUGAAAGCGCUCUUCGAACGCGCCAUGGAGAAGGCAGACAAAGACCGCAACUUUGGCAGCGACCAGAAGAUCUUCAGUGAGAUUUUCGGCGACCAGGAAUUUCAACGCGAGGUCAUGAGACAACGGCACAGGUCUUUCUUCCAAAAGACGGGGGAUUGGUUGACGGGGAGAAAGAGCAUCCUCAGCCCGCAGUCCGAGCGGCACUUGCGCGAGCACAAGGCUAGCAAGCCAGAUGAGUUUGGCAUCGGACUGGAUUAUGCCAGUCUGCUUGGUCAUCCGACUGUUUUCGCAGAAGAAGACUCAGCAUGGGUCACACAUGGCGACCCUAAGUCCAUCGCGCAAGCGUCUGCUGAACUCAACAUCGCGCCAGUACGCGUCCAUGACCUUGCCCAAGACAUUACCGAGUCGCAACCACCAUUCCGCCCCGCAGUCGUCGCUCCAGAUGCGAAGUUUCCCGACGAGAAGUCUUGGAACGAUGUUCCUCUCUACACCAACAUGUGGACGAGUGUCGUUCCUGGCCUGAUCCACCACAAUGCGCAUCGAGAUGGGCUCAAGUCCCUCCGCGUUUCGGUCUGGGAUCGCAUGUGGUACUUCAAUCACACUAGGAAGUUGUACGAGUCGAAUGCCAUGGGACCGGUCGCGCCCGUUGCUGUAGUACAUGAUGAUGCGGGCGUGGAGCAGGCGUGGUGGAGCCCAAUCGCGGAGAAGGGCGGGGCAAAGUCGGACAAGGAUGAAUGGCUGCCAUUCAAUGAUUUGUGCAAGGACUUUGAGAAAGAGGUGUUUAGAGAUGUUUAG